GCGAGCAACUUUUAAACACCUUCAGUCGGUUGAACACAGUACUCGCGAUUCGUUACCCAGAACAAAUUAAUUUUUCUGCACACAUUAAUUUAGAAAAAAAAAAAAAGAAAUAAUUUUCUCUUUUCUCCUAUCGUCAAAGGUCUCUUUACAGUGCUUCCUUUCAGGAUACAGUGUAUUUAAAAAAAAAAAUUUGUUUUUAAAUAAAUUUUUAUAAAUUCUUUUUUUUACAAUUUUAUAAUUUGCUAUAUAUUUAAAUUGAAAAAAAAAAUUGAAAAUUGUCGUUACAAUGACGAGUGAAAAUAAAAUAAAUGAGAAUUUUAAUACAAAGUGCUGGAGAGGAUUCAGUUAAAAGACACACGUGCUUUUCUUUUAUAUUUUAAAUGUGAGGGAAACGAUAAUUCGAAUGUGCACGUGCUUUUAUAAAACGUGCGGGGAAAUUAAUGAAUUUCGAAGAUAAAACGAGAAUUUUCCUAUUUUUGGCCUUUCGAUUUGAAAUUGAGAGACGAUGAUGCGAGUGAUAAUAAUGUUUUGUUUUGGUCUAACGACCCUGAGGAAUUGUUACUCAUCAGAAACUGAGGAUAAGGAACAUCAUCGUCAAAAACGACUUCUUUGGAUAACAAACGAUGGGAGGAUAGCAUUACCACCGGGUACAAUAAUGACUAUCACACCAACAUUAGCAUUGCCAUUCGUUAGAUAUCCUCCUUCGGGAUUUUUGAGUAACAUGACUAUCAGUUUACCCUUCACCAUUGACUUUGACAAAUUGGGUUUGACGGACAAUGAAAAUCCUUAUGGAGCGUUACCAACUGUUUUUGACAGAGCAAUGAAAAGUCGACAAGCCGGAAGAAUGAUGGCAGAUUUUAUUGCCACAUUUAUUAAACGUCGAUUUCAUAAACGAGAAGCACUCCAAGUGCCAAAGAAUGCGUUUCAUGGUGGUGAAAGAGCUCUUCUUUAUGGUACCGCUGAAGAUAUGCUAAGUACAUUAGGUCUCGAUGGAAAGGCAUGUCUUCUUCGGGCAAUUUGUGAAGUACAAGGUCAUCCUUUUGAUAAUUUUGGACUCGUUGGCGAAAUGUUGAAAUUAUUUUUCACAGCGAGUAAAUCACCUUUUGCCAAUAUACUUCACGAAUAUGUCGAAGCAGAAAAUCGUGGAAAAAUUGAUGGUGAAUGUUGGCCUUAUUUUAAGGAUUGUCCAAAAUCAUUGUUCCUUCCAUCUGAAAAUAAAUACACAGAAAAUGCGACUCACGAUGGAAAAGAUCACGAUUCAGAGAUGAUCACAAAUGAAAUUUACAGCAAUGAUGAAGAAAAAAAUGAGGAGCUGAAAGUAAUGAAGAGGCCGGAUGUACAAAGUACGAAUUAUGCUCAUCCGUCGAUGUAGAUUUGAAAAAAAAAAAUUAGUUUUCAAUAUUCAAGUGAUACAUCAAAGUGAUAUCAAAGUGACAAUUUAAAUAGAUUUGUAAAAGUGUAUAAUGAAAGGAAAUGCGAAUUUUCUAUAGAAUUUAUAUAUAAAUAGCGAAACUAUAUUAUUAUAUAGGAAUGAAAAAAAUGAAAUUUAAUAUCGUUACCGAUAAUUUAAGCGGGACUUAAAGACAAUUUUCUUUUUUUUAGCAAUUUUUCAAUUAUUUUAUAAGUUACGAAAAAAAUUAUUUUGUAAAUAUUUUUUUAUGUAAAUUAUGAAAAUUGUAAUUAAGGGCAUAGUUUUUAAUAUUUUUUUUUUACAAAUAUGUAUAGAUAAUUUAUGAACAAAUAUUUAAUUUUUAAUGUUAUUUAAUUAAUUUUUUUUUCUCAUAAUAUGAAAAUUACAAUUUUUAGAAAUUUUAUUAAUUUAAUAUUGUUACUACAUAAUCGCCAUAUUAGAAUCAAAUAUUAAAAUAUUU